GACCACACGCGCAUGCCACCUUGGACGGUACAGUUUGCCAGUGAGAGAAGUAUGGCGUAUCCCCCGCGCGGCCUCCCCUCGCACAUCCGCAGCCAGUCCAGCUCCCUCGGCGGCUCGCAGCCCUCGGGCCAGUCGCCCGUCCUGCUCGCCCGCAUUGCUGAGAAGAAGGCCGAGCUGGCCUCCCUCAAGGACCUGCAAACCCUCAGCGCAGGCCUCGCCGACCAGAUGCAGACGCUCGCCGAGAAGCUCUCGACCCUGUCCGACGGCACCGAAGCCGUCGCCGCCGUGCUGUCGAACUGGCAUAACGUGCUUCGAGCGAUCAACAUGGCGUCCACCAAACUACCCAAGCCGAAAGAGGACGACGAUGCAGAGAAGAAGACCGACGCAGAGCCACCGCUUCCCCAGACGCUUGUUCGCAUCCCGACACAGCAUGCUCCUGCAGUGCUGCCCCAGCCCACUUCGGACGAUUGAGCGGCAUGUACCAAAAGAGGACAACGCCGAUACAUGUAGUACGGAUCUGGGACGAACCAAGCGAAAGACGCGUGAGCGCUCGCGUAUUUGUCACUCUGUCUGACAAAGCAAUUCGCGAGGUUGCGGCGGCUGCUAUCUGUGAGAGUUAGGCCGCGAUGCAGCAAGGAUAUGCACAUCAGCCCUACCAGGCAUGCUUAUUGGCUGUACAAGGAAGUCAUCGUGCUGUAGGCGAAGAGGACCGUCCAGCCCGUGAUAAAGAGACGGCUGUGCGUGGAAGAGCGAUUAGUACUGCUGGUGCUUGACAACCUCGGUGACUUUACAUUCACAAAGCUUGUCUGGACGCAACCGGGACAUCAUGCCAUAUCAAGGCUGUAUCACAUGUUGAGAAAGAAUUCAUUUCCUGUUGAACACGUAGAUGAAUAGAGCCAUCCAAUAAAAAUGCUCGGUCCAUGCUCUACA